GAAUCUAGUUCGAAUGACGUUGCCCUGACCGCCAAAUAUCCCUACCUCCCGCGCAAUGUCACAUUCUGACGAGCAGCUCUCCUUUCUUCGCUCUCUAAUCCAUGGCAGAAGGUUCUCUCUCUCUCUCUCUGUAUCUUUCCAGUCAUCUAACAUUUCAUUUCAUUUUUGGCAGUUUCUGCGACGCGACCAUCAGAUAUCUCGAAUCGCUUUUAGUCUCCAAGGACGUGAAAUCGUUCAUCGAAGUUCGCUCCAGCUUGACGGACUUCCUCAGAUCUGAAUCUCUCUCCGUUAUUCGCUGCAUUGCCUCUAAAACCGUCCACGAGAAGCUUCUCGUUCUCGAAUUCUUCGUCCGCGCUUUCGCUCUCGUUGGAGAUCAACAGAGUUGUUUGGCAUUGAGAUACGAGGCUUUAGUAAUGCGGGAACUUAAGUCCGCUAGUUGUCGGUGGCUACAAGUUUUGCCUGAGGAAUGGUUAAGAUUUGUUGAGGACGCGGUGCGCAACGGUUUCCACGCCGUUGCAGAGAAGGCAUGUGAAAAUGCUUUGUCGUGCCUUGAGAAUAACGAUGAUCAUCAGCCUGGAGGAGACAUGGUUUCUAAAAACUUGAAGAGUAUUAUCAGUGAGAUUACAAGGCUCAGGAAUUGUGCAAUGACUUCGGUUUCUUCACGAUCUGUUCAGGUUCAGACAGCAGAGUACCUAAAAAGGAAAACAACAGAGCAGCAGAAGUCGGACUUACUCAAGAAACAAAAACGAUGUCUAGCAAGCACUUCUUUCAGAAAUGGAAUUAAGAGACAGAAUAUACGGAAGUUACAUGAACACCAAAGUCUCCUACUGAUCAGCAAGGACUUAGAUGGACGGCAUCCAAAUUUGAGUUGAAGCCGAUAUUGCAGAUUUCGAACUCCCCUUCAAAGGUUUGUGAUCGAUAUUGUAAUUUGUUUCGUACUCUCCCCACUCUGACAAGUAUAGUAACGUCUGUUUGUCUGGUAGUAUCUUCGUGGACUCUCCAUGCUGCAAUUAGCAUGUAUCCAUCUUUCAAAGCUGCAACAAUGUUCGAUGGAUGACCAUACUACAAAUUAUGACGUUAAACCAGGCGUAGAAAUAAUCGAGCAAUGGGGGGAAAGGGUUCGGCAUAGGCUAAUUUUUAUACUAUAGGAGCCUAGCUUGGAUUAUAAACCAAAGGUUUUAAGACUUGAUUUAUACAUUAUCAAUGUU